CGCGAGUCUCGAAAUUUCAGAAGCCAUUUGGCAGAGCCGGAAUCGUAGCUCAAACCCCCCCGUGGUCCUUCGCCGGAGAAAAAAACAAUCCAAUCACAAAUCAUUUCGUGUUGGUCGCAGAUUAGACAACAUUAGUUCCUCUUUCAAUCUCGAAAUUUCGAUUUCUUACCUCCCUGUUCUUGUAUCGGCGUGAUUUGGACGAGGAGAUGAGAGGAGGGAAGAGCAGCUUAGAAGAGGAAGCGUAUGAUGACGAAGAGUUCUCCGUCAGAAAAGAUGGACCUUCUUCCAAUUCUACUGCAACUUCUAACAGCACUCACCCGGCCAAAGGCAGAUGCGAAAAACAGUGAUAAAUCCAAUGCUUUUCGAUCAAAACAUUCAGUCACUGAGCAACGAAGAAGGAGCAAAAUCAAUGAGAGAUUUCAGAUUUUGAGAGAUCUGAUACCCUACAGUGACCAGAAAAGAGACACGGCAUCUUUUCUGUUAGAGGUUAUCCAGUAUGUUCAAUAUCUUCAAGAAAAGGUUCAGAAGUAUGAGGGUUCGAACACAGGGUAUCCAGAGCCUACAAAGCUGAUGCCAUGGAGAAAUAGUCGCUGGCACAAUCCGAGUUUUGUUGGUCACCCACAAGCUAUAAAAAACAGUCCUGGUCCAGGGUCAGAGUACCCAGUGAAGUUUGACAAGAACAACGUUACUGUUACUCCCAACAUGGUAGAUGGUGACCCUAGCAAAGCAAUAGAUCGCCAAUCUGAGUUGGCAAACAAGGGAGUGCCUCUGCCCUUGGCUUUGCAGGGGAACAUGCCCGCUGUCAGAAGUGCUGGUGUGCUGGCACAUCCUCCUUAUAGCCUAGUCUCUGAUACAGAAUCAAAAGAGUGUCCUCUCCGCGGUGGUAUGCUAACCCAACAGGAUGAGCUGACAAUUGAAGGGGGGACAAUUAGAAUCUCAAGUGUUUACUCCCAAGGGUUGUUCGAAGCUCUAACUCAAGCUCUACAUAGUACUGGUGUAGACCUGUCGCGAGCCAAUAUCUCAGUUCAGAUUGAUCUUGGUAAGCGUGCAAAUGGAGGACUGAGUUCUGGAACAUCUGCUGCUAAGGAUCCUCAUAAUCCCACCUCCAGCAAUGUUGCAAUGACACAUCUCAAGGAUAUGCGCAGCACGGAGGACUCAGACCAAGCUCAAAAGCGUUUGAAGACGUAGACAUAAGAGGAGUAUGGCUCCUCUGUAUUUUUUUUUUCUUUUCCUGUUUCUUUAGUUCAGUCCUCUGGUUUCUGUACAUGUUUGCUUGCUUCCCUCCCUGCUUUAGGCUUUCAAUGGCAUCUUAUAGUGUUUCAUAUGGUACAUGUCGAGGCUUUCCCAAAAAUUAUUUGGUUAUUGGAGUUUCUUGGUUGGUUUAUU